UGAGCCAAUCGCUGGCCAGAUUGGAGUCCUGGCAUGGCAUAGGUUGUCAUAAGAAGUCGCCGCUGCCACUUGAGCUGUGGUUCAUGUAAGUGGGAUGCGGCGGCAGAAGCAGGGCAGCCGGCGGAGCAGGGGCUUCUCCCAACCGAUGAUUAGUAAAUUCUUCCGGCCUAAGGAAGGGGAUGGCGGCCAGUCACAAGAACGUUCAGCCUUCUUCCCAAAGCAUUCUAAAUGUAACACAAGAGAUGACUCUCCUCAUGCUGAAGAGCCAACUAAGAAGAGAGCGAAAAGUGAAGAAGUUAAUGAAUCCAUUGCUAGUACUUCUGCAGUAAGGGGCACAGAACCAAAUAAACCAUUGAUCUCUUCUCAAACGAUGCAUAAACUAAGAGAGUUCUGCAGUGAAACAGGGCAAUCAAACAGUAAUGUUGUUUUUGAAAAUAUUCCUGAAUGCUUGGAGCCUUGGUCUAAAUUUAAAGAUUCACCCGGGAAACAGGAAAUCACACCUGAAAACGGAGGCUUGCAUUCUAGUUAUGGGCUGGAAGAGGUUAAACCUGGGAAAACUCUAUCUCUAAAACACAGUGUGAAUCCAGCUGAAAUGAAAAUUCCCAACCGCAGGACAAAAAACAUGUACACCCCCCUGGAAGAGCAGUACAUGGAAAUAAAGAGCCAGUAUAAGGAUGCCAUUUUAUGUGUGGAGUGUGGCUAUAAAUAUCGAUUCUUCGGAGAGGGUGCAGAGAUUGCAUCCCGGGAACUUAAUAUUUACUGUCAUCUGGACCACAAUUUUAUGACUGCAAGUAUUCCUGCUCAUCGUCUAUUUGUUCAUGUAAGGCGACUCGUUGCAAAGGGGUACAAAGUUGGAGUUGUAAAACAGAUGGAGACUGCAGCGCUGAAGGCAGCCGGGGAUACCAAAAGUUCUUUGUUUACCAGACAACUUACUGCACUGUAUACAAAGUCAACUCUUAUAGGAGAAGAUGUCAGCCCCUUGUUAAAUAUAGAUGACUCAGUGGAGGUUGAAUCUAUAAUGGCUGAUGUCCCAAACAGUUAUCUUUUGUGUAUCUUUGAAAAUAUCGACAGGACUAAAAAUAAAAAGUCGUCAGACGCUGUCUUUGGUCUAGUGGCCGUCCAACCCUCCACAGGGGAAGUCAUGUACGACAGUUUCCAUGAUUCCAAAUCCCGCACUGAGCUGGAGACAAGAAUACUGAGAUUGCAGCCUGUAGAAAUCCUACUUCCCUCUGACAUUUCUGAUUGCACUGAAAGGCUGAUCAACAGCUUAACUGCUGCCAGUUUACGGGAUGAUGACCGAAUACGAAUAGAGAGAAUGGACAAAAGCCAUUUUGAAUACAGCCAAGCAUUUCAGCUCGUCAGUGAGUUUUAUGGACAAGAAACACAGAAAUCAGCAGGUUCUCAAAAGCUGACGGAAAUCCUGACUUUCGAUAAGUCUAUCAUUUGUUCGUUGGCUGCCACCAUCAAAUACCUCAAAGAAUUUAAUCUGGAAAAGAUACUAUAUCACUCAGGCAAUUUUAUUCAAAUGUCCAGUAAAAAUGAAUGUUUACGGAUGAAUGGGACAACGCUGAAGAAUUUGGAAAUCUUACAAAACCAGACGGACUUGAAGACUAAAGGGAGCUUGAUAUGGGUACUAGAUCAUACCAGAACAUGCUUUGGGAGGAGAAAGAUAAAGCAGUGGGUGACACAGCCACUUGUUAAUACAAGGGAGAUCAAUACCCGGUUAGAGGCUGUAUCAGAAGUCUUAUUAUCAGAGAGCAGCGUUUUUUCUCAGAUUCACGGCUAUCUAUCUAAACUGCCAGAUUUGGAGAGGGGGAUUUGCAGUAUUUAUCACAAGAAGUGUUCCACCCAGGAGUUCUUUCUGAUUGUCAGCACUUUGUGCAACCUAUGCAACAACAUGGAAGCACUGAUUCCUGCUAUAAAAUCCCAAGUAAAAUCCCCCCUGCUACAAUCAAUUUUCAUUGAAAUCCCCCAGAUACUGGAGUCAAUGCACAAGUUUCUAAAUGUCCUAAAUGAAAACGCUGCUAGGACUGGAAAUAAAACAGAAUUAUUUAAAGAUCUGACCGAUUUCCCCAAAAUAUCUGCAAGAAAGUUGGAGAUUCAAGAGAUGCUGUUAACGUUAGAAGCACAUCUGGGAGACAUCCGUAAAAUAUUAAAGAAUCCCGCCGCAUCCUAUACUUCUGUGUAUGGCCAAGAGUUUUUAAUAGAAAUUAAAAAUUCUUUGUCAUCCACUGUACCGACUGACUGGAUUACCGUAAGCAGUACAAAAGCCGUCAGUCGCUUCCACUCUCCCUUUAUUGUAGAAAAUUACAGACAUUUGAACCAGCUCCGGGAGAAGUUAGUCCUUGACUGCAACAUUGAAUGGUUACAUUUUCUUGAUAAAUUUGGAGAAAAUUACCAUUCUGUGUGCAAAGCCAUUAAUCACUUAGCAACUGCCGACUGCAUUUUUUCCUUGGCGGAAGUAGCCAAACAAGACGGAUACUGCAGGCCAGCUGUUCACGACAGUGGGAAUGAAAUAGUUAUUAAAAAUGGCCGCCAUCCUGUGAUUGACUUGCUACUGGAAGAGCAAAGUCAGUUUGUUCCAAACAGCACCAGUCUUAUGGCACACAAACAAAGAGUGAUGAUAAUCACAGGGCCAAACAUGGGAGGCAAAAGCUGCUACAUCAAACAAGUUGCACUCAUCACUAUUAUGGCGCAGAUUGGCUCAUAUGUUCCGGCAGAGGAUGUCACUGUUGGCAUUGUGGAUGGAAUUUUUACAAGGAUGGGGGCUGCUGAUAAUAUACAUAAAGGUCGAAGUACAUUUAUGGAUGAACUCUUGGACACAGCUGAAAUACUGAAAAAUGCCACCCCUCGAUCCCUUGUUAUAUUGGAUGAACUGGGCAGAGGUACAAGCACACAUGAUGGGAUAGCUAUUGCAUAUUCUACACUUGAAUAUAUCAUAAAAAAUGUCACAUCGCUGACACUGUUUGUCACACACUAUCCUUCAUUGUGUGAACUGGAAAAGGCCUAUGCUGAGCAUGUGGGGAACUAUCACAUGGCAUUCUUUGUUGAUGAAGAGGAGGACAUGGACAGCGGAGCCGACAGCGUGCAACAACCUCAGCAUGUAACCUUUUUAUACCAGAUCACACGAGGGAUUGCUGCUAGGAGCUACGGGUUAAAUGUUGCUAAACUGGCAGAUAUCCCAGACAAUGUUGUAGCAAAGGCAGCUUGUAAAUCAAAAGCUCUGGAGGAGUUGGUGGAAAUGAAAAGAAAGAAGCUGAGAGCAUUUGAAAACGCUUGGAGUAUCAAUAGUGCAGAAGAAUUAAAAGAAUGGUUGCAGAUACCGGAGUGAAGCGUUAUUAUGAAAAAUAUACUGUAUGUGCUAUUUGUGUAGCACUGGAGUAAUGGAUGGUAACAUUAAUAUGUGAUAGUAUUUAUGUAUAUAUAUAUAUAUAUAUAUAUAUAUAUAUAUAUAUAUAUAUAUAUAUAUAUAUAUAUAUAUAUAUAUAUAUAUAUAAUGUUACAAACAGUGCUUAAUUUAGAGUAGGUAUUUUGAAUAGGUCUGGCACAUAAAUAGAAGAAUAGAUAGGUAUCCUUUGCAUAGUCUGUUAAUCAUGUAUUUUGAUGACAUUAACAUGGUACCAAUUUCUCUUGUCCACUAAUCCCCCAAAACCAAGAACUACAGCCGAGUAGAGUUAUAGUACUGAAAUGAAAUAUCUGAUUGUGCUUUAGGUUACUCAGCCAGUGGAACCUGUUCCUGUAUAAGCCCUACAUUACAUACUGACAUUGAAAUCUGAAUUUUACCUCUUUUAAGAAUUUCUGAGGGUGCUAAAAUGAAAAAAAAAGUACUGUUUGUGUUUCAGUAUAUGGUGUGAAUUCAUGAAGACUAUUUUCUAUGGUUAGAAUUUUAUACAAAUGUUUAAGCCAUAUCUGGGGGAGAAUUCCAUAGGUCAGGGAUGUCCUACCUGCUGUCUGGCAGCUUUUGUUGGCUUAGAUUGCUGUUGCUAGCCGUGGGCUAGGAUUUCAUUCUGAACACCCCUUAUUAUUUUAUUAUCCCCAUCUCUGGUGGAGGACACAUCUAAUUAAUAUACUGAAAACAUUGUAAUAUUUCCCUUUUACUUUCAAUCCCAUCCCCAAAGGCACAUUCUCUUCUGCUCUUCUGAUACAAUUGGCCAUUUGUAUCAUUUUAAACUACAAAACUAGAAUAUGGAGUCUCAUAAAAAUCAUUGCCAGUUUUUAAAAGAUGUUUUUUAUUCAGUUCAAAACAUUGUAUGCAACAACAAAAAAAUAAUCUGCCAUUUAUUAGGUAUUAUUCGGUAAUGGAUCCUUGCUGUGUUUUGCAGAAUAAAUCCCAUAAACUACCAUGCAAUAAUGACCAAUAAAAGAUUUUCAACAACUAA